AUAUAUACCACUUGCGGGUGCUGCGGAAUGGAGCAGAAAUGUGCCUUCUCUGAUUGAUUUUAAGGUGGUUUUGGCCCUUUGGGUCCUUUCUUGAGGGAUUUGCACAGGCAAGACCACCGUUCAAUUUUGGUUUCUUCCAAGGGAGAAGAUUGUGGCCGUUUUCUUGAGGGGGUUUGAUCUUUUUGUGGGGAGUGGUUUUGUGUUUUCCUGAAGAAAUUUGAGUUCUUUCUUUUUCUUGGAGCUGUUCUAGCAGUCUAGGUCUCAAGAGUGAAGCAGCCUGCUUCCACUGGCUCUCGGGCGUUUCAGUUUGCUUUCUCCCCAAAUUUUGCUUCUUUCUUGUGAGAAUUGUAGUUUUAGUCUUGCCGGAGCUUAUUCUUUUUUUGUUAAUUCAUUUUUUUUCUUGUGAGAAUUGUAGUUUUUCAGGAAAUCUUUUGGUUCGAUUUGUUCUGUUAAGGAAUCCGAGUGAAAAGUGUUGUUUUCAAUUUUUUUUCCUUGUAUUUCUUCAAACGAGGAAUCUUGAGUAGUUUUCUUUUGAAUGAAAGAUACCUUAGUGUUUGUUUGCCAUAUCGCUACAGUUGAUUUUGGUAGCUCUGGAUGAUUGGGAGAGAAGGUGCAAUUUGUUAGUGCCUUGUGAGAGAAAUACUAUUGAUUAGCAGUUCUUGGACAGAAAAUCUUGCAUCCUCCAGCACCAGCAGUUUUCUCCUACUGGAUCAGUGUUCGGAUCAAACUUGAAGUGGAUGACGUCGCAAGGAGGAGUUCCUACAUUCGGGAACUGGUCAGCCGCAGGCGACACCCCGUACACGCAGAAGUUUGAGAACCUGAGAAGGAGCAAGAAAACUGCUACCGGUGUUUACUCCAACCCAAAUGAAGUGAUCACUGAAACACCUGAUCAGCCUCCUCCUCCUCUCAGGUCACCACUGCAUCCAUCCUCUCAUGAUGCCCUGAACCAAAGGCAGAGGUAUGAAAGAAAGCCCGAAACCGGCCAUCCCCGGCCUGCCGGAUCGCCUCUCCACCGCGAAACCGUGGCGAGACGGCACGCCAAUCCGCUGCAGCAGCAUCAUCUGGACCAUGGUGGCUAUGGUGGCUCACCCAGAAGCCCUUACAGAGAAGUUGCAGCUGCUGCUGCUGCCUCUCCAAGGUCCAGGUACAGGUCAGCUGGGAUGCAGACUCCAGAUAGGAAGGCCUCUUCAUCUGAUGGCCGUGUCCCAGUGACUCCAGGAAGGAGCAGGUUGAAGCAAGGAGGCAGAGGCUUUGAACCUGCUUUAGAUGAAGUGACUGUACCUCCAUUUGGUGAUUGGGAUGAUGCUAAUGCGGCAUCUGGGGAGAAGUACACCGGCAUUUUUAACAGGGUUAGGCGUGAUAAGCUGACCCCAAACUCUUCUGUCAAGCAGCAACCACCAUCUUCUCCUUCUGGUGGCAGAAGACAGGAACAUAAAGUGCAACAGGCCUGCUCAUGCUGCAUCCUGUGACGAGAUUAAGAGCUGGACAUCCUGCACUGGACCUGCCCUUUUGUUCUUCUUGGUGACAUAUAAAGGCACAUUUGAAUAUUUGAAGAGAUUCAUAUAAUGGAAAUACUUUGCCUUUGCUUGAAUAUAGGUGCAUAGAAAAUAUAGAAUGCGAUACAGGUCUGUAACAUAUAUAUAUCUAAGUAUAUAAAUCAGCUUCUACAGUUUCCCUUUCCUAUCUUGGCUUUGUUUCUCAGCAUCCUGCACUAGUCCAUGAAGAAUGCUGAUGAUGUUUUACCUGUAAUCUGGCUUUUGAUUCUCACUCAUGUAUCUAUUUAUAUCGUGUCACUGGCGACAAUUUUCAGUCAUAAAUUUGCCAGUUGUAAGAUACUUUGUGAGAAAUGAGUAUUGUCUUCAUGAUGAAGAAACUUCAGAAA